CGACCAGCCUGCUUGCCAUGGAUCCCCGCUCGUGGUUCAGCAGCCUUACCGGCUAUUUCGUCUACAUCCUCUCCAUCGCCACGCUUGGCCCGCUCCUCUUCGGCUUCCACUUGUCUGAGCUCAAUGCCCCCGAAGACGUCAUCCGUUGCAAGAAAAAGUCCAUCACCGCGGCCGUCGCGGGCCCCACCCUCCCGCAGUGCAUCGAGAUGAGCCCCACGGAAUGGGGCGUCGUGGGAUCGCUAUACACGCUCGGAGGUCUCAUAGGCGCCCUUUCGGCUGGCCCGCUGGCUGGAAACUACGGCCGCCUCCGGGCUAUGCAGAUGUCUACCAUAUUCUUCGCCCUCGGCCCGGUCUUCGAGGCCCUGAGCCCAAACAUCGCCGUCAUGGCAUUUGGACGGCUGCUGUCCGGAGUGGGCGCGGGCGCUGCCGUCGUCAUCGUGCCUCUCUACAUCUCGGAGAUUGCUCCCCCGGCCGAAAAGGGCUUCUUUGGCGCAUUCACGCAGAUUGGCUGCAACGUCGGCAUUCUCAUCACACAGCUGUUGGGAUACUUCUUGAGCCACGAUUCAUACUGGCGCCUCAUCCUGGCCAUUGGAGGCAUCAUCGGCGCUGUGCAGGGCGUGGGGCUGCUGGUUUCGGUCGAGAGCCCCAAGUACAUCGCGGAGCAGGGCAAUGUGUCUCUUGCGAAGAAGACACUGCGCAAGAUCCGCGGCGAGCAUGCCGACAUUGAAGACGAAAUGAAGGACUGGGGAGUGCCGAAUCUAGCCGGGGUAAAUGAGGAGGAGCAGACACUGUUGAGCCACCCGGAUGCAUCCGCCGAUGCCACGGCCAAACCAUCAGGCAAGGAACAGACUCUGAGCAUCAUGCAAGUCUUCCGCCACGCCGACUACCAAAAAGCUGCCAUUGCCGUUAUCAUGGUCAUGCUCGCCCAGCAGUUCAGUGGCAUCAACAGCAUCGUCAUGUAUGGAGUAUCGCUGCUGGCAGGCCUGCUCGAGUCCAACUCGGCGCUGCUCAAUCUUGCCGUCUCGGCGCUGAACAUUAUCGUCACGGCCAGCUGUGCACCGCUCGCUGAUAAGCUAGGUCGCAAGGUGUGUCUUCUCAGCUCCCUCGCCAUCAUGGGCACGAGCUCGCUCGUGCUUGCAGUCGGCAUCAUCAGGUCGAUCCCCGUCAUGUCAGCCGUCGCAGUGCUACUCUUCGUCUCGGGCUUUGCGGUUGGCCUUGGACCGGUGCCCUUCAUCCUGGCCAGUGAGCUUGUAGGGCCCGACGCGGUUGAUGCGACGCAGAGUAUUGCGCUGGGAGCCAACUGGAUCGCCACCUUCAUCGUGGCACAAUUCUUUCCCCUGGCUAGCGCGAAACUGCACGGCAAAGUCUACUUCAUCUUUGCCGCGCUGUCGGCAUUUUUCUUUGCGUUCGUCUCGUGGUAUGUGCCGGAGACCAAGGGCAAGAAGAACGCAGAUGAGGUUUGGGGGAGGGAGCGCAGAAUUGCGAGCGCCGGCCGGGAUGACUUCGACUUCCAGCCAGCGCCGCAUGGAGAGACGCUGGACCAUGGCGCAGACGGCGAGCACCACGCUCCGCCCGCCUCGAUAAUAUCCCCCGCCUUUACGCCUCCAGCGACGCCAGGAGUCUCUACCCCCUCGCAUCCCCGGCCGCCCCGCUCCAUCCCCGUCGACACCUCACUGCGCACCGAUUCCCCACAGCCUGAUCUGCUGCCGAGGCUCCCCCACGUCGAGUGCGAGGUGCGCGCGCGGAUACCCACGACGACGGGGCAUGAGAUGUGGCUGCAUGUGUACAGAAACAACGUCGACACAAAGGAGCAUCUCGCAAUCGUCUUCGGCAACCAAAUACGCUCGCGCUCCCUCGACGCGGAACGGCCCGGCGAGACGGAAUUGGACCGCAUGACCAGAGGCGCAUACGUCGGGCGCCUGUAUCCUGGGAGAACCAGCUCGCGCGUUGAGCAGCUCAAGCGCGCAGAGGGCAUUGCCACAAAGCCGGCGCACGUCGACAAGAACACCGGACACUUGUCUCCAGCCUCGGCAUCGUCCUCGGAAAACGGCCACCUGGAGCCCGUGUCCUCGUCAGACCUUCCGCUCGUGCGCAUACAUUCCGAGUGCUACACUGGUGAGACGGUAUGGUCCGCCCGCUGCGAUUGCGGCGAGCAACUCGACGAAGCCGCACGCCUCAUGGCCGACCCCUCGCUGUCGCCCUCGGGCGGUGCCAUUAUCUAUUUGCGCCAGGAAGGCCGCGGAAUCGGUCUGGGCGAGAAACUCAAGGCGUACAACCUGCAAGAUUUGGGCAACGACACAUACGAAGCCAACAUCAUGUUAAGGCAUCCUGCAGAUGCACGCAGUUAUGGUCUAGCCACAGCUAUGCUGAUAGACCUGGGCUUAGACGGGGACAGGGGAAUCAGACUUCUGACCAACAAUCCCGACAAAGUAAGAGCUGUUGAGGGGCCAAACCGCGAGGUUGUAGUCAGAGAGCGCGUGGCCAUGGUGCCGCUGGCGUGGAAGACGGGCGGCAUCAAGGGGAUCAAGAGUGAGGAAGUGGAGAAAUAUCUUAGUACCAAGAUUGAAAAAUUUAAGCACAUGCUAGACCACAAGUAAUUGCAGAUCGACCAAUGAUUAU